AUGGAAGAUGUUGUGGAAGCCGGUGGUCUACUUGGUGGGCCAGCGGACGAGCCAGAAACCCCGCAGGUCAGUGACAAGAUUAAGCUUACGGCAGUUAAAGAGCAACUGGAACUGAAGGGUGAGGGAAGGAAGGGCACAAAGAGACUCAAGGCAGAGAAGAAGAAGACCCGGGGGAAAGAGAAGAUAGUUGAAAAGCUACCUUCUAUUCCACCUCCUAUGGUGGAACAGGAAUUCGAGGGUUCUGGGCAGGGAGUGCUGGCGGGAAAGUCCCUUGUCGAUUUCGUGAAUGCUGAAAUAGGCUUGCAAUAUGGAAGCGGCACUCUUGAGGACCAAGAGCGGUACUGCCAAAUACUGAGGUCUGCCGUUGCUAGGAUCGACAAUGUGCCAGUCGGUUCCAUCAACCACCGGCCCCCAACUGCGCUGACAACAAGGCCAUUUCUGUUGGAUCGGCGGGCACAACUCAUUGAGAACUUCAACUUCGAUCAUCUGGGAACGGCCGUGAUUGUUGUUGAAGACCGUGUGGAAGCGGAGAACGAGCGCCUCGCCCCAGUGGCUGCCAGGGAGUGGGGAGCAAAUGCAAAGGUGGCGUGGGCCAAGUACGACCUCCGACCUCUGUUGGAGGGUCUCAUCCCAGUGCAGCAGGGGGAAGCAAACGUGUUUGCUUUCACACUGAUAGGCAACCACAGCACUGCUGCACUCGCACACUUUUUGCACAGUAAAAAGGUGCAAGAGGUCAGAGCAGUGCGCCCGUCCUACAAUUUUUUCCGAAGUCAGUUUCCCGAUGAGCUGUUCCAGUUUCUAUCGAGGUACGAGAAUGAGGCUUGUGCAGCGGAGGCUCAAUUGACAGCAGGCUACAACCUCUUCAGUGACCCUCGAUACCUCUGCCCUUUCAUUCGCAAGCAUUGGAAGGACCUAGGCUCACCGGGGCGCUCGUCGGAGGAGUUUGCUAAGAGGAUGAAUGCAGUGCUGGAAACCCGUGCCGAAACAGAACAGCAGAAGGCAGCUGUCAAGGCCUUCCAAAUUGCAAAGCACGAAGAGUACAAGAAGUACACUGCUCUGCUCGAGAACUUGGAGGCAGAGAUGCCUUUCAUGAAUCCUGCCCUCUUCAACCAGAGGAAACAAAAUUUGGAGGAGAACUACCGGAAGGCAAGAGUCAAGGUGGAGGCUGACCACAAGAAGACAUUGGUUAGGGGUCCAAUGCAUCACUACAGCAGUGAGGUGGGUUUAGCGCUCCUUGACGAGCCAGUUUACAACUUCUGGUUGGCAAUUUUUGAGAAGAUGGAGAGUAGGGGACUUGGUGGGUUCACCACAAAGAAGGGGAAGCCGGGCGAAGUGACU